GCGUUCCGUUUAUUAAACGGGCGUUCGUUGCGAUAGCCGGGUGCUUUUUGUGUGGAUAUGCACGUUUUACCAGUCGAGUCGUGCGUUUAUGCAUUAUGCAUGAACGCGUUAAGCGAUCUUAUUGGCGAAUUGCAACAUCGAGCUAAAUCACACAAAUCCGAAAAUGCGAAAGACACCGUUUCCUUUUUGCCAGGAAGAUGCGUUCUUUGCAGUGCAGCUGCAUGUAAUGGAGAACGGAGAUAUGCAGGAACGUUACCGGAGAUAAAGCUUAACGGGUAAUGCGUUAGGAGAGCCGUGCUGAACGAUCAAGGUGUAGCUGUCUCCAUGGCGACCAGCGUGGUUCCCGGGGACAACCUGCCCACGUAUAAGCUUGUGGUGGUGGGAGACGGCGGCGUGGGGAAGAGCGCUCUCACCAUACAGUUCUUCCAGAAGAUCUUCGUCCCGGACUACGACCCCACCAUCGAGGACUCGUACCUGAAACACACCGAGAUCGACGGCCAGUGGGCCAUCCUGGACGUUCUGGACACGGCGGGGCAGGAGGAGUUCAGUGCGAUGAGAGAGCAGUACAUGAGGACAGGAGACGGUUUUCUCAUCGUGUUCUCAGUCACUGAUAAAGCCAGCUUUGAGCACGUGGAUCGUUUCCAUCAGCUCAUUCUGAGAGUCAAGGACCGCGAGUCGUUUCCCAUGGUUCUGGUGGCCAAUAAAGUAGAUCUGGUGCAUUUACGCAAGAUCACCAGUGAGCAGGGACGAGAGAUGGCCUCCAAACACAGCAUCACAUACAUCGAAACAAGUGCAAAGGAUCCGCCCAUGAAUGUAGACAAAGCGUUUCACGAGCUGGUCAGAGUGAUACGUCAGCAGAUCCCAGAGCGGGGCCUGAAGAAGAAGAGGAAAGCCAAAUGGCGGGCGGACAGACCCUCGGGUUCCCAGAGGCUGCACUGCGUCUUACUGUGACCGCACACCCUCUAUCUCAAUGCCGCGUCAAUGCCGCGAUGAUGACUCCGUGACUCGGACUGUUAAAACACACGCGCACACACACAAACACACAGCUACGAUAAUAUCCAGGAACUGACGAACACAGCUCGCGUUUUCCAGAAUCGGCGGCGAUUCGCGAAAAAUGUGGAAUAUUCGCUAUUUUCUUAGCGGAGCGACACCUGGACGAAAUUGCUGAAUUCUAGCGCUGUUCACUCACGUUAUCUCUCAGAGAACAAUUCAGAGACACACUUUCCGAGGCCUUGUUUUGUAUCGUGUUUCUAUAUUUAUUGUGCCGAAUUCUAUAUUGUUAAGUGAUCGUUAAUGCAGCGUAGCGGCUUCGAAAAAAAAAAAAAAUUUAAGGGAACGCGCGCGAUUUAAGUCGCACGGCAGGCACACGCUCGGGAGGCGCGGGAAAUGCUGGUUACCAUAGUUGAGCAAUUCCUAAUUUUUAUGGAGGAAAAAUUUUCGAGAAAAAAAAACAAACGCAUUGAGGUUGCACACGACACUAGCAUAACGCUAAAUAUGUAAAACGCGUAAUUAAUAGCACAAUGUAAAAUUUUUUACGUAAAACGUUUUAUACAUUUUUAAUAACUUUAACAGCUAUUUACCAUAAAAAUGCUUGUUAACUGAACGGUUUUACUACAUACGGUAACGUAACGUAAUGUUAAGCAUUUAACGUUCAUCAUUUAUCAGCUUUGCAUUUAAAUCGCAAUUCCGAGUUUACAUCUCGCAAGUUUGAAUCUCGCAAUUCUGAGAUUAUAAUCUCGCAAGUUUAAAUCUCGCAAUUCUGAAGAUUUUUAUCUCGCAAGUUUGAAUCUCGCAAUUCUGAGAUUAUAAUCUCGCAAAUUUGAAUCUCGCAAUUCUGAAGAUUAUAAUCUCGCAAAUUUGAAUCUCUCAAUUCUGAAGAUUAUAAUCUCGCAAAUUUGAAUCUCGCAAUUCUGAGAUUAUAAUCUCGCAAAUUUGAAUCUGCAAUUCUGAGAUUAUAAUCUGAAAAUUUGAAUCUCGCAAU